CCUGCGAAAUCGACGCCCAGAUGCUUCUUCGGACAGAGGUCUCAACUGCACCGAAACUCAAUCUUCUUGCGCGAGUGGCUACAUCCCGGCCAGGCACGUCUGCCUAAAUGUGCUACGAGAAGCCAGGCUGUUGAUCACACCGAGAAAAAAAAAAGAACAAUCACAUCAGGCAGCAUGGAUGCAGCACCUUUGAUCAAGGCACACGACCAUGCCAGGAACGCCGCCCUUGCCCACACCGACACGACGGUCGCCAUUAACGAGCAUGCGCUCGCGGCCGGCGAGUUUUCCAACGCCGCCAGGUCGACCACAAGCGCCGAGGCCCUCCGCACGCUGAAGCUUCUCGAGCAGCAUCACCAGAGGCUCUCGGACCUGCUCAAAUUGCCGCUCGAGCGACCCCCGCGCACAUCCCAAGUCGACGAUGAUGACCGUGCCGGGGCUGAAGCGAACCACAAUGAAGACCUGAGUGAGAAGUCAUCGGCUAGGCCGGCCUCCUCAGGCGGUACCGACGACAUGUCUCCGAGGAGAAAGUCGGCGGUGGCUUCUUCCGGAACUCCGGCGUCACAGCAGCAGCAGCAACGGCGGUAUCCGCCUUCGCGGGAGCUGUCGUCGUCGAUCGCGAGCAACCUGGCAUCCGCGCGCGGCAUCCGGUCCUCGCAUCGUGGUCAUCCCCUCGCGCCGAGCGUAUCCAACGACCAGGCACCCGGGAGCCUGGAUGGUCAUCCUAGCAGAGAUGUCGGUCGGUCCAAGAUGCAGAACAUGCUGGGGCAGAAGCCAAAGCCCAGCUGGGUGCCGCCCACGGAAGCUCCGCAGAAGUCGGAGAAGGGACAGGCCCGACAGCAGCAAACAGAAAGACCUGCAGAGGAGCCGAGUGAGGAUGGGUAUUCCCGGUUCUACAGCACGUUUGGGAGCCUGAUCAAGGGUCUCUCCGCCCCUUUGGCCUUUGCCGGACUGCCUCUGAUCGCGGAAGAGUCGGCGCCUGAGCCUCCCAAUUCUCCGGACCCGGCAACUGCCAAGAAAAGCCGGCCCUCCAGGGCACAGCAUGUUGCUCCCGAGCCGGACCUGGCUAGGAUUUAUUCCAAGGCAACGCUCCAGGCGCUCGGGCAGAAAGGGCAUGCUCCGAACGACUCGUUCUACUUUGUGCCGGCCACCGGGGGCACCGUGUCGUAUGCAAACAUUCUCAGCUUUGAUCAAAAGGAGAGGCGUCGCAACUUGGCAUCGAUCCACGACGGCCACGAACAUCCCGACAUGAGCCCGGAGGAUGCGGCCGACGAAGAUGACUUUGUCGACGCGCGGGAGUCGCAAGCCUCGUCUUCCAUGUCUCCUGGCGUAAAGAAGCGUAUCGGCAGCAGCAAGUCGACCAAGGAUCUACACAACGUAGUGGAGGAGCUCUACCUCGAGAACAAGGGGCUGAAGGAAAUGCUAGACAAGUUGUCCAAGAGGCUGCAUACGUUCGAGGCUAAUGCGCAGAACUACGCGAUGCAGUCGAGCAUGCGGUUUGUGCGUCCCGGAUCUCCCUUGUCGUCCUCGGGUGGCGGUGGUGGUGGCAUUGGGGGCGAUGAGGCCCUUCGCCGCAGAAACCAGGAACUGGAACAGGAGCUUGCGGCGGCGGUAAAGCGAAUGGAAGCCUUGGAGAAGGAGUACACGCAUGUUCGAAAAGUCAAUGGGCAGUACCGAGAGAGAUGGGAGAAGCUCAAGGCGGGUGCCAAGGCCAGAAGGGAGGCACAGGUGGCAAGCGGGGAAGGCGAUUCUUCUCGUUCACAGGCUGGUUGAUGUAGUGAUUUAUGAAGGGCAAACAAAGACUGGAGUAUUGGUUGCCAGAUGCCCAACAUGAUACCAGUUAGGAAAAUCAGAUUAACAGGUGUGCGGGACCCUAAACUAGCUUUCGUCCAUACUAGCAACCCUUUCAUCCAGUUUUCUCAUCAUCUCGGCUUCAUUGUCGACAACUGAUUCUGGACCUUGUGAGACGUCUCCGUUCUUCCGUAACUGCAACCCUCUCCUCUGCAUUUCCGCCUCGACGAGCCGCCUGGUGAGCAAACCACCCUCCCCGCCGAGCAGGGCAGGAACCAAAGCCUUAUCCCCAGACUCCAACGCCGCCUUCUGCUGCCUUACCCAGCCCUCGAGGCUCCUCAGACCGACGACCAAAAACCCGAGCUCCUCGCGCUCAACGUCAAACACCUCCCACCACUCGCACUCUGGCAUCUUGGCGCCGAGGUCACGGGCGGCGUUGUAGACGGCGGCGACGGCCAGGGCGCUGGGCUGGUGAGUCAGGUACAGCAGCUGCGGGGAGAGCAGCGCGGCAUUGAGGUAGGCGACGGCGCGCUCCGAC